AUGGAGAAAGAAGGAGUUGAUUUCGCCAACAGCGACUUCUGGAGGCGCAAGGCAAGCACUGCUGAUUUCCUGGGUCUUGCCUUUCGGGUUGAGCUGGAAAGCUCUGACCCUGGCCAGAAUGCUAAUCUGAAAUAUAAGGCAAAACAUGUCCUUGACAUCUGGCUCGAGGUGUACAGAGUUAGGUUUGGAGAUUCGCCAAAGGGCUUCAACAGGGAGGAGUAUGUCGACGCUCUUGCCAAGGCGUUUGAGACUAGAGAGGGUCGGUUGAACGUUGCUAUACCUGCAAGGCUGAUGUUUGAAGCGCUUGAUAGGGACAGGAACGGCGUCAUCACUUACAAAGAGUAUGGCGACUUCCUGAGCAUCAAGAAGGGGGACCUCACGAACGUGGAGCAGAACUUCAACGCCAUGGACCUCAACGGAAACGGCACGUGGUCCUUCGAGGAGUUUCAGGAUGCGCUGGUUGGCUUCUGGCUGUGCGUGGACGAGAAGGACGUCAGCAAGCACCUGUACGGUUAUAUGGAAGAGUGA